AUGGCAUUCAAAGGUACAUUACAUCAGUAUGAUUCCACCCACGUCGCAUUUGAAUUCACCCCUACUGACAUGAAAAAUGUCCUAAUUAUGAUAGGUGGUAUGACUGACGGUCUAGCAACAGUCCCCUACGUUACUAAAUUACCACAAGUAAUGGAACCCCUAGGUUACUCGGUGAUCAAUAUACAAAUGUCAAGUAGUUUCAAAGGUUUUGGAAUCUCGUCCUUGGAUAAAGAUAUCAAAGAAAUCAAAGAACUGGUUAAAUAUUUGAAAUCUGAGAAGGGGGGUUCGAGAGAAAAGAUCAUCAUUAUGGGUCAUUCUACUGGGGCUCAGGAUGUUAUGCAUUUCUUAUUACAUUAUCCUGAUUUAGUUGACGCAGGGAUAUUACAAGGUUCAUGUUCUGAUAGAGAAUCAUUUGAUCCUUCAGUAGACCCAAAAAUAUUGAAAGAAUUGAAUCAAUUUGCCUUGAAUAUGGUGAAACAAGGGAAAGGUGAUGAAUUGUUGGGAUCUCAAUUCUCAAAACAUAUCAUCGAUACCCCAAUUACCGCAUAUAGAUGGUGUUCAUUGUUCACUCGUGGUGGUGAUGAUGAUUAUUUCUCUAGUGAUUUGGAUGAUGAAACUUUUAAGGGGACCUUUGGUAAGAUUAGAAAACCAUUCCUUGUGGCUUAUUCUGGUAAAGAUCAAUUUGUGCCCGAAUCAGUUGACAAGCUGGCACUUUUAAAGAGAUGGGAAAACGUUAGUGACCCUAAAUAUUGGUCCAAAAAUACAGGCAUUGUCGAAGGUGCAUCGCAUUUCGUCGAAGAUCAUGAACCACAACUUCAAUUGUUUCAAAUGAUUACUUCCUUUGCAAAAGAAUUUUCCUUAUAG